CCCGCCCCUGGGCGCUCGCCGCCCGGGCCUCCGGAGCCGAUCUCCGGCCGGCACCCACGCUCCAUCACGGGAUCGAACCCCGCUCCCACGGCCGCGAUCCGGGGAGGCCCAUCAGUGCUGGUUGAAGUGGAAGGCCAAGAGCAUGAGGGGUAGACGAAGCCUUGGACUGGGAGGCAGAAGAUGUGGGCUCCAAGUUACUCUCAAACACUGCCUCACUGUGGGCUCUUUGCCCCAGUAGAUAGUUGUACGUCAUAGCUGCACAUCCUUCUAGUUGCUGUAUGUGGGACGCGGCCUCAGCAUGGCCGGAGAAGCGGUGUGACGGUGCGCGCCCGGGAUCCGAACCCGGGCCGCCAGUAGCGGAGCAUGCGCACUUAACCACUAAGCCACGGGGCCGGCCCCGGCGCUAUUCCAUUUUACAGGUGCGGCCUUGUGAAGUGAGGAGUGCGGAGCCAUUGAGAGGACGCAGCGAAGGGAAGCGGAGCUGAGUGGCUGUUGCCUGGAGCUCUGCCUUGGCCCUGGGGGCCCCACCAAGCAAGCGGCAUGUGGCACCCCCAGGCCUACCUAGUGUCCUCCAGCCCACUGCCCAGUACCCCCAGGAGGCUCUGACACCCUGGGGCACUUCUCCUGUGCACAGGACCACGUGGGGGUUUGCCAUGGUGACAUAACGGGGCGCAGAGGAAGGAAGGAGCGCACCCAGCCUGCGGACUGCGCCCCUGGGUGGGAGGAAGGGCCGGGGCCCGAUCCUCCACUCCUGGUGCCCACUGAGGGCCUCGCUUGCUAAGUCUCUGUGAAUUUGUUGGUCAGUGGACAACUCUGGUGUCUCCUGCCGCGGGGGGCCUCCUGCUGGGUUGGGCAGGGCAGGCCAGGCCUCCGGUGGCCGAGGUAUCUGGGACCAGGAUGCCCGCCCUGGCGUGCCUCCGCAGGCUGUGUCGGCAUGUGUCCCCACAGGCUGUCCUUUUCCUGCUGUUCAUCUUCUGCCUGUUCAGUGUUUUUGUUUCGGCCUACUACCUGUAUGGCUGGAAGCGGGGCCUGGAGCCCUCGGCGGACGCCCCCGAGCCUGACUGUGGGGACCCCCCGCCUGUGGCCCCCAGCCGCUUGCUGCCGCUCAAGCCCGUGCAGGCGGCAGCCCCUUCCCGGACAGACCCAUUGGUGCUGGUGUUCGUGGAGAGCCUCUACUCGCAGCUGGGCCAGGAGGUGGUGGCCAUCCUGGAGUCCAGCCGCUUCAAGUACCGCACAGAGAUCGCACCGGGCAAGGGGGAUAUGCCCACGCUCACCGACAAGGGCCGUGGCCGCUUCGCCCUCAUCAUCUACGAGAACAUCCUCAAGUAUGUCAACCUGGACGCCUGGAACCGGGAGCUGCUGGACAAGUACUGUGUGGCCUAUGGCGUGGGCAUCAUCGGCUUCUUCAAGGCCAAUGAGAACAGCCUGCUGAGUGCGCAGCUCAAAGGCUUCCCGCUGUUCCUGCACUCGAACCUGGGCCUGAAGGACUGCAGCAUCAACCCCAAGUCCCCGCUGCUCUACGUGACGCGACCCAGCGAGGUGGAGAAGGGCGUGCUGCCCGGCGAGGACUGGACCGUGUUCCAGUCCAACCACUCCACCUACGAGCCGGUGCUGCUGGCCAAGACGCGCUCGUCCGAGUCCAUCCCGCACCUGGGUGCAGACGCCGGCCUGCACGCCGCGCUGCACGCCACCGUGGUCCAGGACCUGGGCCUCCACGACGGCAUCCAGCGCGUGCUGUUCGGCAACAACCUCAACUUCUGGCUGCACAAGCUCGUCUUUGUGGACGCUGUGGCCUUCCUCACGGGCAAGCGCCUCUCGCUGCCCUUGGACCGCUACAUCCUGGUGGACAUCGAUGACAUCUUUGUGGGCAAGGAGGGCACGCGCAUGAAGGUGGAGGACGUGAAGGCCCUGUUUGACACGCAGAACGAACUACGCGCACACAUCCCGAACUUCACCUUCAACCUGGGCUACUCAGGGAAAUUCUUCCACACAGGUACUGAUGCCGAGGAUGCUGGGGACGACCUGCUGCUGUCAUACGUGAAGGAGUUCUGGUGGUUCCCCCACAUGUGGAGCCACAUGCAGCCCCACCUUUUCCACAACCAGUCCGUGCUGGCUGAGCAGAUGGCCCUGAACAAGAAGUUCGCUGUCGAGCAUGGCAUUCCCACAGACAUGGGGUACGCGGUGGCGCCCCACCACUCGGGCGUGUACCCCGUGCACCUGCAGCUGUACGAGGCCUGGAAGCAGGUGUGGAGCAUCCGCGUGACCAGCACAGAGGAGUACCCCCACCUGAAGCCGGCCCGCUACCGCCGCGGCUUCAUCCACAACGGCAUCAUGGUCCUCCCACGGCAGACCUGCGGCCUCUUCACACACACCAUCUUCUACAACGAGUACCCUGGUGGCUCCAGCGAGCUGGACAAGAUCAUCAACGGGGGCGAGCUCUUCCUCACCGUGCUCCUCAAUCCUAUCAGCAUCUUCAUGACGCACCUGUCCAACUACGGGAACGACCGCCUGGGCCUGUACACCUUCAAGCACCUGGUGCGCUUCCUGCACUCCUGGACCAACCUCCGGCUGCAGACGCUGCCUCCUGUGCAGCUGGCCCAGAAGUACUUCCAGAUCUUCUCAGAGGAGAAGGACCCGCUCUGGCAGGACCCCUGUGAGGACAAACGCCACAAAGACAUCUGGUCCAAGGAGAAGACAUGUGACCGCUUCCCAAAGCUCCUCAUCAUCGGCCCCCAGAAAACAGGCACCACGGCCCUCUACCUGUUCCUGGGCAUGCACCCAGACCUCAGCAGCAACUACCCCAGCUCAGAGACCUUUGAGGAGAUCCAGUUUUUUAACGGCCACAACUAUCACAAAGGGAUCGACUGGUACAUGGAGUUCUUCCCUAUCCCCUCCAACACCACCUCUGACUUCUACUUUGAGAAAAGCGCCAACUAUUUUGAUUCAGAAGUGGCCCCCCGGCGGGCAGCCGCCCUGUUGCCCAAGGCCAAGGUCCUGACCAUCCUCAUCAACCCAGCAGACCGGGCCUAUUCCUGGUACCAGCACCAGCGAGCCCAUGAUGAUCCAGUGGCCCUGAAGUAUACCUUCCACGAGGUGAUCACGGCUGGGCCCGAUGCGUCCUUGAAGCUGCGCGCCCUCCAGAACCGCUGCCUGGUCCCCGGCUGGUACGCCACCCACAUCGAGCGCUGGCUCAGCGCCUUUCACGCCAACCAGAUUCUGGUCUUGGAUGGCAAACUGCUGCGAACAGAACCUGCCAAAGUGAUGGACACAGUGCAGAAGUUCCUUGGGGUGACCAACACCAUUGACUACCACAAAACCUUGGCGUUUGAUCCAAAGAAAGGAUUUUGGUGCCAGCUGCUUGAAGGAGGAAAAACCAAGUGUCUGGGCAAAAGCAAGGGCCGGAAAUACCCAGAGAUGGACUCGGAUUCCCGCGCCUUCCUGAAGGACUAUUACCGGGACCACAACAUCGAGCUUUCCAAGCUGCUGUACAAGAUGGGCCAGACCCUGCCCACCUGGCUGCGGGAGGACCUCCAGAACACCAGGUAGCCGUGGCCGCCACAGCCAGACUGAACGUUUGUGACAGCGGGGACACCCUGCCGCGUGCUGAGCCAGACUGACCUGCAGAGUGCGGAGCUGGGCCCGGGCUGGCCAAGCACUUCUGAGCAAUACUCUGCUGAGGCCCAGACAGGGCCAGGAGAAGAGCCCUGGCAGGUCCACAGCACCUCAGCAUCCAGUGCUGGGUCUGUGGCCUGUAGGACCCCUCUAGCCACCAGAGGUCCAUUCCGUUCACAGCCUUUCAUGGGGAGGCCACUUCCUGUUGGUGGAAGGCCACUUCCUGAUGGGGGGAGUCCAUGAGACUCUCUUUUCUGUUUCUCACUGUGUUCUACCUACCAUACCCUCUCCUUCAUCCCAUCACUCCCUGCCCCAGCAGGGAAUCCCCUCAGUAUUAGCUGCCGUAUCUUCCCUGUCCACCAGACAAAAGGGAGAAGAGCCCAGCUGGGCCUUUUGCCAAACCAAGGAGAGAGACUGGACGUUUCCCUGACUGUUUGGAGCCAGGCCCUUCCAAGAGGUCAGCCGGGUACCCAGAGUCGGUCACUAGGCUGGGUGUGAGAGUGGCCACCUCCAGAGAGCGCUGAACCUCCACACAUUCUGUUGAAUACCUUCACAUCUCACCUUCCCUUUUUGGGGAAAGAAUUGCUGGUCCUUACAGUAUCCACCCAGCCCUCAAGGCCUUCUUCAGGGCCCUGGGGCACUGCCAUGCCAUUUGGACCCAGAGACCGAGGCCUCGACCCUACGCCCUUUCUUCACCCUGGGCUAUGACAUGUGUGGUGUUUCCUGUGGUAAAAGACUGAGGCGAUUCAAGAGUCUGCCAGUAUACAUGUUCCAGUGUACAUACGUUGUCCCCAUGCCCACCCAGCCUUGGCCCCUGGCAGACACUGGGCAGAGUCGGUGAGACUGCCAUCCACGGCUUUGCCCCAGCUACCUGUGGCUGAGGGUUCCUCGAGACCCCCUUAACCUCCCAAAUACUAAGAAGCUAAAGUAUUUUAAUAUUUUGGGUUUUUUUUCUUGGUGCCAGAGUUUGUACCCUGGGUGCUGGGGUCACACUGUGUUAUAUAUAUAUAUAUAAUGUGUAUAUAUAUAUUAUAUUUUUUUUGGUUGGGUUUGUUUUUAAUUCAGUUGUACAAAAUGGUGGCAAGCCCCGGUCCCGAAGGGGUCAUAUCUCAGUGGGAGAUAACGAGAUGGGGCUGGGGAGGAGAGGGCGUGUCUUCGUGCGUCAGGGCCUCAAGGAGACAGUAUGGAGGUGCCUUUGGAGAGGUCUCUGUUCCCUCUCCCAAGUGCCAUGGCUGUCCUGGGGCUGCCCCAGGUGAACACGGGGUGAGAUGCACAGGGAACAUCUACUCUCUCCAGGAAAUCUAGCUUUAUGAAGUGAAGUGACCCUGGGGGGAUUUUGGCCAAAGGAAGCAGCCGGGCUGGGGUAGGAGACCUGGGGCCGAAGGCUGGCCUGUUCCCCUCCCCCUCACAUGGUGCUAGGUUGGGAGCUGCCCUGGGAGCUGGGAUGCCCACUGGGACCCACAGAACUGUCUCCAGGCUCCCUGCAGACAGCAGGCUCUCUGGGCUAUUUUCUGGUUGGGGUCUGCUCCUACCCCCUUCUUUUAACAAUGUGAAGUGACUAAGACUGGGGUGCCUCUCCCCAGCCCCUCCCACUGCCAGUUCAGCUUCGAACUGACAUCCCGGAAAUCCUUUCUGGAGAGCCUUGUCUUAUUCAGAAGACUGUAGCAUCUUGGGGCUGGAAGGGUCUUUAAACGGGUAUGGAAAUAGGUCCAGAAAGGGGAGGGGGCCUCCUUGGGCCAUGUCACAGAGCUGGUUGGGAGCAGGACCGAGAACUGAACUUGAGGCUCCGAUUCUGAGUCCAGUGCUCUUCUUCCAACGCCACACUGCCUCUGAGCCCAUCCUUGGAACCCUACUCUUUGCCAGGUUCCUGUCCCUCCCUCAGUCACACCCUUGCUCAUUUCAGGAUAUGGGAACAAACCACUCAUUCCCAGCCAGGGUGCCUUGGAGCCUUCUCAGUUCCAGAUCUGCAUUUGCAUCCCUGUCUUGCUCCUCUCGCCUGGAAAGGUCCUUUCCCAGCCUGUGGGGCCUGUGUCUGUUUUAGCUCUGAACCAGUUCCCUUUUCUCAGUUCUCCGCUGGGAUGGAGAAGAGUUGGAUGCUCAGCGGGACCAGCUGCGUGUGGUUUCAUUGUCUACCAAGAGAAGUGUUCCUGUCAUGCUUCUCACCGGGGCCUUUGAGCCUGGGAACCCUGGGUCAUGUCUACCCCGCAGGGGCUGAGGAGUGGAGUGUCUGAGGACAGGGUGGCACGACUGCUUGUACGCUCAUGAAGACUUGCCCACGCCGUGGAACUCCCAGAGUGGGGCAGCAACUUUCCUAGUGCGAAUCCCGGGCCUCACUUCCAUUCUGUCAGCAAGGGGCUCAGGCUCUGUGCCCUGUGAGGACGUAGAGCUCCCACAUUCUGAAAUCAACCCACUGGGCCUGGGUGCCUGCCCCCGUCUCUCCGAGCUCAGAAUGCCUGGGGGGCAGGCAGCUCCACUUCUCGCUGCCUCUGGCCUGAGGAAGGAGCGGGCAGGUUUGAGACCCGGUGGGAGCAGAGGAGAGCUUGGGGAUUUUUGUCCAGGCCCUUCUGGGAGGCUGGGGACUUGACCUGCCACGUGUCCUGAGUCUGGUCACCGCCACUUCUUCCCUUCCCACUAAGGAAUCUUUCUUGAGGACGCACUGCCAGGCCUGCGGGUAUUGGGGAGGGGGAGAGAGAGGUCCCUCCAGGGGCUCUCAGCUGCUGAGCACACAGAUCCCCUCACGAGGGGAGAGAACCCGAGGUCAGCGGGUGCAGCAGCAGCAUCUGCAGUGUUCACUAAUGCCCUGUAAGCGUUUGGCUGAAAAGAGGAGGAGAGAAAUAGCUUAAAUCACGUAGAUGACGCCACCCUCCAUUCUACCAUCCCCUCCACGGGUGUUUGCCCCUGGGUGAGCGCAGGUGUGUGUCACCGCAGCUGCCUUGGUCACUUGGGAUUUUAGAGCAGCCCACGGCGUGGGUGUCUUGUGCUUGGAGGACGAGUCUGAAGUUUGAAGAUGCCUCUUCUGAGCCCCUAAGGGAGAGCAGCCAGUGCCACUGAGGCCCGGCCGAGGGAGCAGUGGUCUGUUUCCAGACGAGGAGAGCCGCUGGGCUGACCCACAGACACUGGGGGUGCCAGUGUGGAGCUGUCCCCAUGGUUUGUUAGUGGAAAGAGCAGAUAAAAAAAGUUUUACCAAGUAUUUGAUUAUAAAUGCCCACUACCCACCAUCUAGAUUUAAAAUUAACAUUUUGCAACAUUUGUUUGAUUUCUCUUUCUCUUUACAUGUAUAUUUUUUCUGAACUAGUUUAAAAAGUAAGUUGCAAAUAUCAUGAGACUUCACCUCAAAAUGAAGGCAAUUUACUUCAGCCUGCACCUCCUGAAACUUAGGCGUUCUCCUAAAUGUGGGCCCAUAUCACCCCCAAGACAACAGUGGUUUCGUAACAUCUGCUAACUCAAUCCGUAUUCAGAUUUCCCCCAGAUGACUUAUACCUGGUUUUGGAAUCAGGAUCUGGUCAAGGUGCACACACUGCUCUUGUAACUGUGUUUUUAAAAUUUCUUUGAAUGCUGUAAAGUCCUCCCUCUGCUCACUUUGAUUUUUCAAGUGACAUUAUUUCUGAGGCCAGCAGGCCUGCUGUCUUGCAGAAGUCCCACAUUCUGGAGUGUCUGGUGGUUUCUUCAUGGUGUCGUAGAACAAGUUCUUCUAGCUCCUAUAUUGUCAAGGGUCAUUUAGGCGAUACGGAUUUUUGCCUUUUGUGCUGACUUGACGACUUCACUCCAGCCUAAGAUGUCCCUCUACUGUCACCUGUACCAGGUGCCACACCUGCAGAGGGGCCAGCUGGAGCUCCAGGAGCUCAAGGGAGGGCGAGGGAGGAGCAUCCCAGCUGGGCCUGGGAGGAAGGGCCAGGGGCGCUCUGGAAGGAGGAGGCUGCAUGCCUGAGGCUGGACCAGGCAGUGUUGGGGCUGUUGGGAAUGAGACGUCUGGCUCAGAAGAGCCUGUGCUGCCCCCUUUGAUCCUGGUGAUGGACCACAGGGCACCAAACAGCACCUCUCUCCUUUUCUCUCCCUCUGUUUUGUGGUUUCCAGGAUUUUACCUCCUGGGGGCCCAUGGUCUGUGUGCACUGGAGCAGAGCCAGGCAGCUGGGAUACACCAGGGAAGGGCCCAGCUGGGAAACUGCCUCCCUCUAGCUAUGGUGUGAGGAGAAGAGCGCUGGGCUGGAGGGAGGAGAUGUGAAAAGUCAUCCCAACUGGGCGCAUUUAGUAGCUGUGUGAUGGUUUUCCUCCCAGGGCCUCCAUUUCCUCGUUAGUAGAAUGAGCAGGUGGGGCCACAGCAGGGCUUCUCAUUGGUCAAGGAAGGAAGCAGGGCCCAGGCACCCCCCACCCAGCCCUCGAGGCCAUGCUGGGUUCCUGGUCUGCCAGCGGUGGGCUGGCUGCUCCCCGGCUUACCCUCGCCAGCUCAGAUAGCCGGAAAUUUUGUUAGCUCCCAGGAAGGAGGAACAGGCGUGGGCUUGGUGUGAGGUCAAGGUCAAGGCCCUGGGGGAGACUCUGACUGUUUUAUCCUAAUAAGUUCAUCCUUCCCUCUCUCUGGCUCUUGAGGAUGGUGAGGGAGGAGAGGGUUUUCUAUGACUGUGCUCGCUUUUAUUAUCAGCAAGAGGGCUCCUUUUGUAAUUCGUGCAUGAAAUUCAUGUCAUUUCCUGGGGAGAAGAGAGGGCUGACUGCAGAGGGUGGGGGGCAUGUUAGGGGAGCAGGCAGAGGUUUCCUUCCCUGUGGGGGUGGGGAGAGGGGUGGAGAGGGGGCGCUACCCAGCUCACCUGAUCAGGGCUCUCGAACCAGCCGUUUUGGGUUGUGUUAAAAGCGGGAACCUUCCUCCAUUAAUGUACGAUCUCGAACUAACUGCUAAUAAAGUGGGGUUCUGUUUGUA